AUGUCAUUACAAACACCUAAACAACCAAUGAUGGCACAGCAACCAAUGUCAGCAAAAAAUAAUGGUGGGGGUGGUGGUGGUGGUGGUGGUUCUCGUCCGACAACGCCGACAAAUACUACUAAUCGUCCUAACAGUAAUGAUGGUACUGUUCGUAAUACUCGUGGACCUGGUUGGCUAACAAAAAAACCGGCUAAACCUUCUAUAACACCAGAUUUUUGGUGUCGACCAUUUAUGCCCAAUCCUCCUCAAUUGUCAGAUGUUGCAAAUGCUUAUUUUAUUGGCUAUAAGGAUAGUAGUGAUUGGCAUUUUAAAAAAUUAUUAAAUGUAAUUGAUUGGUUUUAUCGUAAUGGACCCGGUACAUUCAGUUUUGCAGCAUAUUUGUUUCGUGAGAAUAAAAUAUCUUUUAGACCGAUACAAAAAAAUCGUCCACGACGAGGAGGAGGACGACGGGGAGGACGACGACGGGGAGGACGAAGUUUUCGAUCAAGAGGAAGAGGAGGAGGAAGAGGCCGUGGUCGAGGAUAUGGUGGUCGAGGAUAUGGUGGUCAAGGAUAUAAUGGUCAAGGAUAUGGUGGUCGAGGAUAUGGUGGUCGAGGUUAUGGUGGUCAAGGAUAUGGUGGUCAAAGGCGUAUUUACACGAGAAGUUUUUACAAUUCAAGCAUGUCACAAAGACGAGAUGGUCCACCAUCACAAUCACCACAAGCACAACAACCAAAACAACCACAACAACCACAAUCAAUGGCUAAUGGUAAAACUAGUCAACCUCAGACUUCAAGAUAA